AUGUCGAAAACCAAAUCAUCAACGAAGGCUGGAAAGGUGGAAGUCAAAGACCUGUCCAAGGUAAAGAACGUCGCCGUGACAAAGCCAUCUGCAACUCCAAAAUUGAGCAAGGAUUUGGCCAAGAAGGCUGUCAAGGAAGACAAGAAGCCUAAGAAGAAGGCUCCCACACCAUCAUCGGAAUCAGAAGAGGAAAGUGAGGAAAGCGAGGAAAGCGAGGAAAGCGAGAGUGCCGAAUCUUCUGGCAGCGAAAGCGAGAGCGAAAGUGAGGCAGAGGAGAAGCCUGCUGUCGCCAAACCCGCCACCAAGGCCACCAAGGCUGCCAAACCCGAGUCGGAAUCCGAAUCCGAAUCGGCGUCCGAGUCUGAAUCCGAUGAAUCAGCUUCAUCUGAAGAUGAGAAAUCUACCAAGAACGUUGCGAAAGUUAAUACAAGUGAGAGCGAGGAGUCUGAAUCUGAAUCCGAAGCUGACUCUGAUUCUGAUUCUGACUCUGAAGAAUCUGUAGCUGAAGAAAAAAAACCAUCUGCUAAAGCGAUAGCAAAAGAGUCAACUACUGAAGAGUCUGAUUCGGAAAGCGACGAGGAGUCUCCGGAGGGUUCAUCUGAUGAGUCGUCUGAGGAUUCCGAGAAAGAGGAGAGCGCUAAGACUGAAACUCCAGCUUUCAAAUCCCAGAAGCGUAAGGCUGAGGACGAGGAGGAGGUCGUGGCCCCCAAGAAGACUAAGGUGGAACCAACUGAAGGUGGAAAUCUUUUCAUUGGUAAUCUGUCAUGGAAUGUCGACGAAGAGUGGCUCCGAUCCGAGUUCGAAGAAUUCGGUGAACUCGCUGGAGUGCGCAUUGUGACCGAUCGUGAUACUGGCAGAUCGAAAGGGUUCGGCUACGUUGAGUUCACCAACGCUGAGGAUGCCGUCAAGGCACACGCAGCCAAGAAAGAUACAGAGCUCGACGGACGUAAACUCAACGUGGAUUUCGCCAACGCCCGUUCAAAUGCUGCCCCCAGAGAUCGUGCGCAAUCUCGAGCCCAAAACUUCGGCGACCAGAGGAGCCCCGAGAGCGACACUUUGUUCAUCGGCAACAUUGCCUUCAGCGCGGACGAAAACAUGAUCUCUGAGACAUUUGCGGAGUAUGGAUCUAUUCUUGGUGUUCGUCUCCCAACUGAUCCCGAGUCUGGCCGUCCCAAGGGCUUUGGCUAUGUGCAGUUCUCAUCCAUCGAUGAGGCUCGUUCCGCUUUCGAGUCUCUCAAUGGUUCGGAACUUGCAGGUCGUGCUAUGCGACUGGAUUUCAGCACACCGCGCCAAAAUUCUGGAGAUCGUGGCGGUUUUGGAGGCCGUGGUGGCGGCGGUCGUGGUGGUGGACGAGGUGGUCCUCGCGGUGGCCGUGGUGGUGGUGGUGGUCGCGGUGGUGCCCCUCGUGGAGGCCGUGGUGGCAGCACAAACCGUGGUGGAUUUGGCGACUACAAGGGCAAGAAGACGACUUUUGAUUAG